UUGAUCGAUGGUAGCGACGCUCGAUUGUUUUAGGCUGCUAAUGGGAUAGUCGUGAAUUGUCAGCUGUAGUCUGUCGUUAUUCAGAUGUUUUAAUAUUAAUACAGAACGUUAACUUCAAACAGAGAUGGGUUUAUCACAGAGUUCGGAGGCAGCUGAAGGAGGGACGUAUGGAUAUCACGUUCACGGCGUGCAGCCUAAUUCUCCUGCAGAAAAGGCAGGGCUGCAGCCCUUCUUUGACUUCAUCUUGUCUCUAGGCAACAGCAGACUAAAUGAGGAAAACGAGCAGUUAAAGGAGGUCCUAAAAGCUAAUGUGGAGAAGGCCAUAAAGAUGGAGGUGUACAGCACUAAAACCACAAGGGUCAGAGAGCUGGAAGUGGUGCCCAGUAACAUGUGGGGGGGCCAGGGGCUGCUGGGUGCCAGCGUUCGCUUCUGCAGCUACCAAGGAGCCAGCGAGAAUGUUUGGCAUGUUCUGGAUGUGGAAACCAGUUCACCAGCAGCACUGGCGGGUCUUCAGUCUUACAGCGACUACAUCGUAGGCGCGGAUCAGGUGUUGCAAGAUUCCGAAGACUUCUUCUCACUGAUUGAAGCCCACGAGGGGAAACCGCUGAAGCUGCUGGUGUACAGCACAGCAACAGACAGCUGCAGGGAGGUGAUGGUCACACCCAACGGAGCGUGGGGAGGAGAGGGCAGCUUGGGCUGUGGCAUCGGUUACGGCUACCUGCACCGGAUCCCUGUAAACCCCGAAGUACCGACGGUGGAUCCUUCCACCCCCAUUCCAGAAGAGGCGGUCUCUCCACAGGAACACACACAUGGAUACACGGAGACACCUUUGAUGGCACCUUCAAUCCCCAAUGAAGAUUUGUCAGACCUGGAUCAGGUCAUCCUCCAAGAUGGACCACUACCUCCACCCGUUCAGAGUGUCGUGGAUCCCGGCUCUCCCGAUUCCGACUCGGCAGUGAUGAACCCUGAGCCCGCAGAUCUGAUCGACAAGUUGGACCUGUCCUCCUCAUCCAUCGACAUGACCCACACCGCUCUGGCUAUGCACGAGGAGGAGGUCGAAGUGUCCGGUGUUGAGGAGAUGGAGGACAGCGUCCAGCUCUCGUCCAAUCUUGAGGACCUCGCCGUUGCUUCACCCGACUCUUGGUCUGAUUCAGGCGUUCCACCAGCUGAAACGUCUCACCUGACCUCGGAGUCCACAGACCAACAAAGCUCCCUCAACGAGUCCAGCUUCAGUGCAAGUCCACCGGUGGCUGCGUUAUCCCUUUCUGAGGAUUCUCUCCACCCUGCAGAGCUUUCCGUCCCCGCAGAGGAGCCUCCCUGUCCAUCUCCAGUUGACCUCAUCCCAGCCUCUUCUGCAGACAGCUGUCCUCCUCAGACCUCUGAAGAGUAAGCGUGCGAGUCUGCAGAGACUCCUCAUCAGUGUGGCAACGAGCACGGCGAGGAGGAAGCAGGAGAAACGCACCUGGAGUAAGCUUUUAUCUGUAAGGACAUGCCGACAAUCACUGUUCAAGUUUCUCUUUUGUAUAUAAAAGCACGUAGGACACGAGGCAGACCUCUUAUUUAGUUUUUCUUCUGUGAAAAUCCUGCGGCACUAAUAACCGUUACACUACAAGUACAAACUGGACGUGAAGGAACAUUUUUGGAGGCCAGAUUUAAAGUUGCUGGGUUACAUUUAAGCCAGAUUAGAUUCCACAGGUCAGGAAACGUAACUUCGGGGUACACUAAAGAGAUCAAUACUUGAAUUGUUCCAAAGACAAACAUUUACUACUGCAAAGCACAGCUGCACCUUCAUAUCUGUAACAUUAUCAACCUGACACCAGGGCAGCUAACAGUCUGUGUACUGAUGCGUUGUUACAUUUCAAAGCAUCAUUUAGUCAUUUCCCAGAUAGAUUUUAGGAGUUUGUCUCAUGCUAGACAUCAAAGGGCUUUUGCUGUAGGAAUAUUUGUCUUUUAGUGAAAUUAGUUUUUGUCCUUUCAGGAUGUUUUAUUAUUAAUUUUGGUAAUUAUGAGGUUUGUAGGCUAAUCAGAUUGUUUUACACCUGAUAGCCGUUCGGCAUCAUAUAUGCAAAAUACUUCUGUUCUACGCAGGAAUGAGACGUGUAACCCCUU